CAGUACAAGCGAGCCGCCGCAGCAGCAACAACCCACAACGCGCCGGACCUUGCGCUCCAGUGUGCUGUCAUUGUACAUCCCUCAUAAGUUCUUCUGUCUUCUCUUACAUAGGAAUGUUCUCUCCGUUAUAUUGAGACCUCUGACAUUUUAAUUCAAGUUAUUGAUUUUUAAUUAGAAACUUCGCGUGGGAAGGAACCGGUGCACACUGAAGUCUGCUGAAGCCAUUGGUUUGCUUUAGAAAUCAGCUGCGUGGAUGCGUUUACUCGCGUAGGAACGGACGCGCUUCUCUUCGACCUUUGGAUUUGAUUUGCACAUCACACUUAUUCUGUGCACGAUGGGAUUUCUCGUGCUGCUCGUGCUGUGCGCUCUUACCAUGCCGGUGUUCGGGGAGAGUAACGCCAAGACAUGCUCGGACCUCCGGCAGUUCUACCACAGCAAGGGGUUCAGUCUGAACGGAGUCCCGCAAUCAGAAAUAUCCGGUGAGCACAUGCGGGUGUGUCCUCAGAGUUACACCUGCUGCACCACUGCAAUGGAGGAGAACCUUGUGAACCUAAGUAGACAAGAGUUUGAGAGGCAAGUCAGAGAGUCUGGACGCACCUUACAGGCCUCUCUCAAUGGCCAAUACAAGAGUUUUGAUGGUUAUUUCUUGGAGCUGAUAAACCGUUCUGAAGCAUCUCUCCAGACCUCCUUCCAGACCGGGUUUGGAUCCCUCUUCUCCCAGACCGCAAAGGUGCUUCAGGAUCUGUAUUCUGACCUUCGGCGUUACUACCGAGGGUCCAAUGUCAACUUGGAGGAGGUGCUGAAUGAAUUCUGGGCCCGUCUGCUGGAGAGGCUCUUUAAAGCUUUAAACCCUCAGUACAGUAUCGGAGAGGAAUAUCUGGACUGUGUAUCCAAACAGUCGGAGACGCUGAAGCCAUUUGGAGACACGCCCAGAGAACUGAAGACCAAAAUCACACGGACGGUUAUUGCUGCCAGAACUUUUGCACAGGGUCUGGUGAUCAGUGGUGAAGCGGUUCGGAAAGUCUCGCAGGUGUCUCUGAGCACUGAAUGUGUGCGUGCUGUCAUGAAGCUGACAUACUGUCCUCACUGUAGUGGUGUGGCCUUUGCCAAGCCCUGCUCAAACUACUGUAAGAACGUAAUGAAGGGCUGCCUCGCCAAUCAAGCGGAUCUCAACUCUGAGUGGAAGAACCUGGCAGAUGCUAUGUUACAGGUCGUUGACAAACUGAGCCGUCCCUACAGUGUGGACUCUGUGGUUCUGUCUCUGCCCAAGCGUAUUGCUGAGGCUAUUCUCUACAUGCAAGACAACCUCAAUACCUUUAACAAUAAGGUGUUCCAGGCAUGUGGUUCUCCUGCUCAGAGCUCCAUCACUGAGGACCAGAUCAAACGUGGGAGAAACACAGCAGACGAGGUCAGCAGCACCCCUGGAGCUCAACUGGAGAAACUAUUAUCAGAUGUUUCCAGAAUGUUGAGGGAUAUGAUGCAGUAUUGGGUUCAUUUGCCCAGUAAAAUGUGUGUGGAUCGUGAGAUUGGACUCAGUGAGGUAGACAGAUGUUGGAACGGCAUGAGUGUUGAUAGGUAUCUACCAGAGGUGAUGGGAGACGGAUUAGCCAGCCAGAUUAAUAAUCCUGAGGUAGAGAUUGACGUCACCAAACCAGACAUGACCGUACGCAAACAGAUCAUGCAACUCAGGAUCAUGAUCAACCGACUGAAGUUCGCUAUCAAUGGAAAUGACGUGGAUUUCCAGGACACCAGUGAUGACAUCAGCGGUUCAGGUAGUGGAAUGUGUGCUGAGGACCAAUGUUCCCGCGGCUCCCGUGUAACAGUCCCUAACACUGACACACCCAAAGUCUAUGCCUAUCCGUCAGAGAACAAGAAGGUGGUCAAAGGCAGAAGCAGCCAGAAUCUUCCAUGCUUCAACCUCUACCUUCUCUCAAUGGUCACAGUCUUGCUUAGGCGAUAAUUGACAGGCGUUUCCACCAAUUGGGACUGUGUAUAGGACUGGGUUGGAUUGUGGAGGGUCAGGGUUAGAUACAUUGCCAAAACAAACAUGCAAACAAACAUUAAAGGAAACCGGUAAAUGCAACACUUUUUUUGACGUCAAUAGGAACAAUAUCAUGGAAUUUUCUUAGAUCUCUGUACUUUUUUGUCUCCUAUUUGAUAUAUGGCACCCCUAGAGCUUGUCUUUAUGUCUGUGGUGGAAAAAAGGUAUCAAAGACAUGUUCCAUGAAUAAUUGUAACAAUAGCUAUGAGUAUCUGCUUUCAACUCACUAUCCACCCCAACCAACAAAACAUGUUUGUUUUUAUGCAUUCAAAAAUUUAAUUUUAGAUUAUAUUUAUUUAUUAAAUAAUACCCUGGUGUUUAUAGAGCAAAUCUUGUUAUUAGCAGCAGUAAAAAAUUAGUCGGUACAGGCCCCUUUAGCAUGAAAACUAUUUUACGGAAUUGGUCCCCGUGAACAAAACAACUAAAAGAGCCUCUUGUGUUCUCAUGUUUGUUUUGAAGCUUUUAUAAUCAUGAAAAUGACCUCUACUGAAUGCCUAUGAAGACCAGCUGUAUCACACUCUCUGUCUCUUUCUCUCAUUUAUUGUACAAUUUUCACAAUCCGCUUCGCAAACAGGUUUCAGGGGCCAUUUUAAAGAAAACACAACAUGUAUUUACUCUGGUUGUAAAUAAACGUGUACUAACACAGUCACAUUUUCAGUAAAUCUUUGAGGACCCUCAACAAUAUGAGCACUAUUUGGGAUGAGAAGGUAAUACACCAGCAGUGAGAAAGAGAUGAAACUAUGUGCUCUAAAGAGAAAAAGAGCCCCACACUUUCAAUGUGGGACCGACAUACGAUAAUCGCCAUCCUAGAAAUGGAUUUUACGCCUAAAGUUGGAGAAUGAAAGGCUCAAAAACCACAGAAAAGUGUUGAUAAUUUGAUUAUGAUUGUGAAUGAUUGUGACUCCUCCUGUAUUACGUGAAAGUGGUUGUGUACUUCAAAGGAAGCAUUGGUUUUUAAGUGCUCACUAGACAAAUAUACAUGUGUUUUCAAUACAUGCUGCGAUAAUGUCAGAUCAGAUCAGUGGAGUCGCCACGUGUCUCAAGAAUUUCCAACUCCACACCCUGCCCUCAGCGGACUAGCUGAGUUGGUUAUGGAAUGUGCACAAUGGUAAUGUUGAAACGAUGCAGCUCAGCUACAUGGAGAAACAUUGUUGCAACAUUUUAGCAAGAAAAGUUUGCUGAUUGUGGUCUGUGCAGACAGUAAGUCCAGAAACAUACCUUAUGCAAAUACAUAAACAUUAAUGCACGGCCAACACAUCGCAAGCAUGCUCUGCUAUUAAACAUACUUAAGGGGCCGUUCAAAGCAAAGGCAUUCUUGCGCUAUAAGAAAAAAGCUAGACGCAGUGCAAUGAAUAGAACACAGGUGUUCGAGAUAAGUUUUUAAAAGUUUACGUUCUUGUUAACAUCACCGCUUCUCAAAAAACAGCGCUUCUGCCCGAAACGGUGAAAAAAACAGUGAGGCACGGGGAUGAAACAGUCAAAGACAGCUGUAUAGCACAUGUUUACAUAGAAAAACAAUUGAAAAAAACAUGUGGACGGACACAACACUUGUUCUUUUUGUACGGCCCCUUAAUAUGCAUUCUUGCGUUCCUCUGGCGGUAUCAAACCUCAGUAUCCAAGGGGAGGACAAUAGAGUUACCUUCAAUUAUUCUUGCCAUUAAACCACACGUGUAACUAUUCAUGUGUUACAUAAACAUGUUGACAGUUUAACUAACAUUAACUGGCUUACUAAACAAGAUUAUCUUCAAAUUGUUGCUCAGUCAUGACAGUAGUUGGGAAAUCUGACUGCAGAAGUUUGCACUAAUGCCCGCUAGCAUCCCUUGUGGCAAUGCUGAGAAUCCGACAUGUACUUGCACUGCAUUAUUGCAUUUUGAAAUAUUUCCGUGUAAAAAUCGAGCUUGCAUAGCUUGAAGAGUUCCCGUAGCUCAAGUGGUAAAGUAUGAAGCAAGAAAUGCCAAUGUCUUGUGUUCGAUUAGGCUAUCAGGGUAAACGUAAACUAAUAAAAUGUAUACCUUGAAUGCACUGGAAGUCACUUUAGAUAAAAGCAUCUGCUAAGUGAAUAAAUGUAAAUGUAAUUUACAUGUAAAAGUGUUUGCAUUCACAUACUUUCGCGGAAUAUGUUUCGGGCCUAAGAGAGAAUGAUUGAUGAAACCUGAGAAGGAUGUUGCCAGCCUGGUCUCGUGAAAUUUACGUGAGCAUUGCAAAGUUUUUGCAAAACUGAAAUUACGUGCUUCAUAACUUGUGUGGUUGCACUUUUCAAGGGAAAUGUCCAGAAGGGGGUGCCAAAACUGAGCGAAAUUAGGUUGUAAUCAGACAAGGUUUUUAAGGUGACUUUUAGAUGGAGGAUUUAAUAAAACGUACCUCCCUAAACUAAAACUUUACCCUAAACUUAACCAAUAGUGCCUGAAAAGAGAAAUGAGAGUUUAACAAAACAGACAUCCUUAACUAACACCUAACCGUAACCGAUAGCGUUUUAAAAUGAAGAUGGGUGAUGAAAAGCACAUUUUCUGAAGCAACCACGGCAAUUUGCGUCGUUCCUGUGUCUCUGUCGUGUCACAUGUCAGCUUGAAUUCUGGUCUUCCGAGUUCAAAGUCCAACGCUCUAUGAGGUACGCUACCAUGCAAGCUAAUCAUAUUGGAAUAAGUGUAUAUAUGUAGGUGGGUCAGAAAUACAAGUGUUAAAAUUGAUAAUUUUUCAAAAGUGUAAAAGUGUCUUGAUAUCAUAACAUUGAAGGGUCUGAGUAAUAGAGAGAAAAAUAAGUGUUUAUAAAGUCAUAAUCAGCCACUGAAGUCAUGAUUUGUGAGAAAGUGAAUAAAACACAGUUGUUGUAGCACCUCUAGUGUUAAUUUCACCUGGAAACUGCACGUAAUUGUACCUGGAGACACAUAUAACAAUUUUGCAAAACUGUAUAUAGAGUCAUGUUUUCACUAUGAGACCAUGUUGGCUUUGCUGCUGUCUGUCAUACCAUAAGUGGACUCAUGUCUGUUACAGGAAGUAGAAGUUACAGGAAGCUGUCCUGAAUGAUGAUUAAGGUUGUCAUCUGACCAGGUCAUAAAGAUGAUUAUGUCGCAUGAAGAACAUCCCCCCCUCUUCCUCCCUAUUUUAAAACACUGCACUUUGCAUGGUGUACACAGCCACACAUCAAUAGAAUUGCAUGUCCACAUGACUGGGUUGCAUGAUAAAGGAUUGUUAGCAGAGAAAUAUCCCACAGGCAGUGUUAUGGAUUGUUUUGAUCAAUAGAGAUCAGAUGUUAUAGCACAAACUAUAGCAAAAUCAUUCUUAAUUCACAACAGUAUGUUUGUUUACUGAUCAGUGACAGUUAGUGGUCUGACUACAGGUAAGGAAAACGGUCCCACCUCUAGUAAAGGCGUAACCCUCCUUAUUGAUGAAUUUUGCUGAUAUUGUCGAAAUGUGCUGAGAUGGGGAAAAUUAUAUAUAUAUAUAUAUAUAUAUAUAUAUAUAUAUAUAUAUAUAUAUAUAUAUAUAUAUAUAUAUGUAUAUGAAAAAAAAACUAAAUAAUGCAUUCUGGUGGUAUAUGCGUAUACUAUAUUAUUUUUGUUUGUUUUUAAUUAAACAAUAAUGGAGAGUUUGUGUUCAAGAUUGAAAGUAGAUUUUUUUGAGGAAUCUGAUAAAAAUUAUUAUUGUUGUUGUUGUAUGUUCUUUAAAAGGAAAGAGAAAACCCUUGUGUCAAUUAUACUGUAUACAUAAUAAGAUUUUAAAAAUA